GAAGAAGAAGAAGAAGAAGGACGGUGAGUCGCGCGGACGUAAAGAUGGCAGAGGAAGAAAGUCAGUUUGAGGAAUUUGAGCAAAUAGAUUUUUUAAGAAAUCGACACGUGCAAUUCUUUCAGAGAACGCUUCAGGUGUUACCCGAGAGAUACGCGUCUUUGGAGACAACCAGGUUGACCAUCAUAUUUUUUGCCCUGUCUGGUCUUGAUGUGUUGGAUGCUCUGGAUGUGAUUGAUAGGAAUUCGAUGAUAGAGUGGAUCUACUCCUUGCAAGUUCUUCCUGCUGAGGAUCAAUCCAACCUAUCUCGUUGUGGAUUUCGAGGAUCAUCACAUAUUGGAGUUCCGUACAGCACUAAGGGGCCAGGGGUUUUACAUCCAUAUGACAGCGGUCAUGUAGCAAUGACCUACACUGGGCUGUGCUCACUGCUAAUACUGGGAGAUGAUCUGAGCCGUGUCAACAAACAGGCCUGUUUGGCUGGUCUCAGAGCACUGCAGCUCGAGGAUGGCAGUUUCUUUGCAGUGCCAGAGGGGAGUGAAAAUGAUAUACGUUUUAUCUACUGCGCAGCCAGUAUCUGUUACAUGCUAGGUGACUGGUCAGGCAUGGACAAUCCAGAAGGCAUCGAGUACAUCAGAGCAAGUUUGUCAUACGACAACGGUUUUGGCCAGGGAGCUGGGCGGGAGUCACACGGUGGCUGGACUUACUGUGCCAUUGCCUCUCUAUGUCUAAUGGGUCGACUGGAGGAGGCCCUUAGUCAGCGGGAGCUGGACAGGAUCGGCCGCUGGUGUAUCAUGAGGCAGCAAAAUGGCUUCCACGGCCGCCCGAAUAAACCAGUGGACACAUGCUACUCAUUCUGGGUGGGAGCAACACUAGAGCUUUUAAAUGUUUUUCAGUACACCAACUUUGACAAGAACAGGAGCUUCAUUCUCUCCACACAGGACCGGUUGGUGGGGGGUUUUGCCAAGUGGCCGGACAGCCAUCCAGACCCUCUUCAUGCCUACUUAGGGUUGUGUGGUCUGUCUUUGAUUGGAGAGCCCAACCUGAGAAAGGUCCACCCAGCACUUAACAUCACCCAUAGAGCCUUUCAGCACCUCCAGCAGCUGCAGCAGACAUGGAGAGAAAAUGACAGCACCUGCAACAGACAGCGCUGACAGCGGGAUCGUCUGCAGCGCUGCCCCUGCACAGGUUUAGUAAUCAGGAACCUGUAAUGGUAGUCAGGUACGACUGGACAGCCUGUAAGAACAUAAUGAAGAGCGGAGAAAGAUGAGGAAUUAAGAAGGUUCUAAUAAACUACAGAGACACAGCAGUAACUUCACAGAAUGUUUCCCGGGUCAGAGUCAGAAAUUUCUUACCGGCUCCAUAAUACCAUUAUUCAGUUUGUUGGAACUUGGGCAAGUUUAGGAAACCUGUGACUUGUGAGUGACCGUUUCAGUGGGUUUAUAUUUGUGCAAACUGAGUGCCUACCCAUUUGUCAUUGCUGCCUAAUGUCCUUUUAUUUGCAAGGAAGCCAAAA